AUGGCUUUCACCGUGCUAUCUGAUCAUGACAUCAAACAAUUACUGAGCGGUCUCACCUUAAAUGAUACCCACGAACUUAUUAAAGCCUUGCAAGAAAUCCUUGUCGCCUACUCGUGCCAGAAUGAGCAGCAGUUCCAGCCAGAACGUGGUGUUGUUUCUCGGCCGGACGGGCAGAUGAGCUUGUUCAUGCCCGCCACGACACCACAGUCGGUCGGUGUCAAGAUUGUGGGCAUUGCUCCUUCUUCCGGAUCCACCACCACCACCUCGCCGGAGGCAUCGCCACCACCGCCAGGGAUACGCAGCGCCCUUACCCUAUGUAAUGCUGUAGGAGAAGCUGUCGGUAUACUCAAUGCCGCUGAGCUUACGGCUUUCCGAACCGCCCUGGGCUCUAUGCUCCUCUACCAGUCUCGUAAAGAGACAGGUAACAUUGUGGUCUUCGGCUCAGGGAAGCAGGCACAGUGGCACAUUCGUUUAGCUGUGUUGCUACGUGCGCAGGAUAUUCGCAAGAUCGUCAUUGUUAAUCGAAGCCGUGAGCGAACACGAGGACUGAUCGCCAGUCUCAUCAAGGACUCCCAUGCGCCCUGGCCGUCACAUAUUAAACUGUACCAGUUUGAGGAACGUAACGAAAACCUCGAAGACGUGGUUGUAGAUGCGGACGUCAUGUUCUGUACCACUCCAGCCACCAAACCUCUUUUCCCCGCGAAAUUCCUCACUUCAGAAAGUUCUCGAAGAAAAACUCGAUACAUCUCUGCUAUCGGCUCAUACCGGCGAGACAUGGCAGAGAUCGAUCCAGAGCUCCUUAAGGCUAUGGUGGAUCCUUCUGGAAUAUUCUCGCAGCAAGUGUGGGAAGGGCAUAUCACGGUUGACACUCGCGAGGGUUGUCUGCAAGAGGCGGGAGAGCUGGUCAGCGCAGGUAUAGAUCCGAAUAAGAUGCUCGAGGUCGGACAAAUCACUAGAUCUAACGAUGCCCCCCUGGCGCGUACUGAAUGGCUCGAAAGCGGCUUCGUUAUAUAUAAAAGUGUUGGAGUAGGUGUUAUGGACAUAGCGGUAGGGCGACAACUUCUGCAACUUGCAAAAGCUAAGAGUGUUGGGAUAACCUUAUCAACUUUCUAG